GGUGAUGAUGAUGACGAUGAUGUUUCGUCUCAAAGCCAAAAUAUUUUCAUAUUUAAUGUAAAUUAGUCAAUGUUUCUAUCUUUUACUCUCAGUGAUCGACCUCAUUCUGUGGAGAUCUUACUAUCUCGGGGUUGUGACGUUAAUCCUCGAGAUGAAGAUGGUCGUACACCGCUGCACGUGGCCUGUUCGCGGGGACACUUGCACACUGUCGAGCUGUUGUUGGGUCACAAUGGCAUCGAUGCCAAUGUUGUGAACAACAAAGGUGACACACCACUGCAUAAGGCAGUUCGGAAGCGAAAAUAUAAAGUGGUGUGUGCGAUGCUGAAGCAGGGUUCAGUUCAGUUCGAUAUUCCGAACCAUCAGAGAAUGACACCAUUGCUUGAAGCCGUUUCCCGGGGUCACCUGGGAAUUACACACCUGUUAAUAGCCCUGGGUGCAAGCAUAAAUGCUGUUGAUGGUGAAGGUAACAGCUGUUUGCACCUAGCCAUAGCAACAGAAAAGUUUAAUUCCGAGGGUGCACCCUUGGAUUUACUAAACGAAUGCUGCACUGCCCUUAACCUGAAAAAGAAGGAAAUGCUCUCUGGUGUAGUGGUUGCGAGAUAUCUCGCCAGUCAGGGAGAGGACUUUCACCAUAAAAACAACAACAAUAACACACCAUUGGACCUCAUUAAGGACCCAAAUUUGAGAAAAAAAUUAGAGCAUGUUUACCACCACAAUGUGUGUUUUGUGAAGACGAAGUGGCCACAGAGACGUUCUUUCCAUGUAAACAUCUUUCGCUGUGUAAGAAAUGCUGUCCCCCAAAGAUACCUAAACGAUGCCAUAUGUGUAGACAGAAUAUAACGAGCAAAA